ACAAAAAACGACCAGCGAUGUCGGAGUGUGGCAGCGGACACGGCGGCGCCAUCGCCGAAACCGGCAGAGGAGAACCGCUCCUGUUGGAGAACGAGUCGGGAGACUCGUCGUGGAGACUCAAUGUGAAGGAGUUUCACUUGCCACGCAAAACUCACAACCAUGAUCAUGAUAUUCACCACCCAUCUUCCUUCACUUUCCGUGGCCUUCUUCGCAAACCCAAGAAGCAACGCAAGGUGGCAGAAUAUUACAAGAAACAGGAGAGGCUCCUUGAAGGAUAUAAUGACAUGGAUACUAUGACUGAAACGGGUUUAUUCCCAGGAAGUCUUACUGAGGAUGAAAUAAAGCAACUAGCAAAAAGUGAAAGACUUGCAGUUCAUGUGUCAAAUGCAGCUAACUUGGUGCUAUUUGCAGCAAAGGUUUUCGCUUCAAUUGAGAGCAGAUCAUUAGCAGUCAUUGCUUCAACCCUGGAUUCUCUCUUGGAUCUCUUGUCAGGCUUCAUAUUGUGGUUCACUGCCAAUGCCAUGAAAAACCCAAACCAUUUCCAUUACCCAAUUGGAAAGAAACGGAUGCAACCAGUGGGUAUCAUUGUUUUUGCAUCAGUGAUGGCAACCUUGGGAUUGCAGAUUUUGAUUGAGUCCGCCCGGGAACUUGUUUCAAAGUCUAAGCCUGAAAUGGAUCAUGAUAAGCUGAAAUGGAUGGUCGGGAUUAUGGCAUCUGUGACAGUAGUGAAGUUCAUUCUUAUGGUCUAUUGUCGAAGGUUUAAGAACGAAAUUGUCAGAGCCUAUGCCCAAGAUCAUUUUUUUGAUGUUAUUACUAAUUCAGUCGGAUUAGCUGCUGCUGUUCUUGCUGUCAAGUUCUAUUGGUGGAUUGAUCCAAUGGGAGCUAUUUUUAUAGCAUUGUAUACAACUAAUACAUGGGCGAAGACAGUAAUUGAGAAUGUAAGGUCGCUUAUUGGAAGGACAGCACCACCUGAUUUUCUGGCAAAGUUGACAUAUCUAAUAUGGAAUCACCAUGAAGCAGUUAAGCACAUAGAUACUGUCAGAGCAUACACAUUUGGUGCUCAUUACUUUGUUGAAGUAGAUAUCGUGUUGCCAGAAGACAUGCUUCUCAAUCAAGCACACAAUAUUGGUGAGACACUACAAGAGAAGCUGGAGCAACUUCCUGAAGUUGAAAGAGCUUUCGUGCACAUUGAUUUUGAAUUUACUCACAGGCCUGAACACAAGAUGAUGUUAUAGCUAUGCCAAAUGAAUGAUAGUAGUGAAAUGUUUUUAAUGGGUUAACCUUUGCUGAUUUUCUUUCUUUUGGUAAUUAUUGUAAACAAAUAACAAAAAGGGUUUUUCUUUAUGAUGUUAAUAGUUGCUGAUAC